AUGGGGAAGUUAAAUGUGGCCAUGCUCCGUUAUUUGACACGGGAAGAUUUUAGAGUUUUGACUGCCAUUGAAAUGGGAAUGAAAAACCAUGAACUAGUUCCAGCUACAUUGGCUGCUUCAAUUGCAAAUCUGCAUCAUGGUGGCGUACACAAAAUCUUAAAGGAGCUCUGCAAACAUAGGCUGUUGUCAUAUGAAAGAGGAAAACAUUAUGAUGGUUAUAGGUUAACUAAUACUGGAUAUGACUAUUUGGCACUGAAAACACUUACUUCGCGUCAACUUAUAUCAUCAUUUGGUAAUCAGAUUGGUGUUGGUAAAGAAUCUAACAUUUAUGUUGUUGCUGAUCCUGAAGAUAAACCAAUAUGUUUAAAAUUACAUAGAUUGGGAAGGACAUGUUUUCGUAAUUUAAAAGAAAAACGGGAUUAUCAUGCACAUCGUCACAAGGCUGGCUGGCUGUAUUUGUCAAGAAUUUCAGCUACAAAAGAAUAUGCUUACAUGGAGGCACUAUCAAAAAGAGAUUUUCCUGUUCCGAAACCCAUUGAUAUCAAUCGACACUGUGUGCUUAUGGAAUUAGUAAAUGGACAUCCUUUAUCUCGUCUUUAUGAAGUUGAUAAUGUAGAAAAUUUGUAUGAUGAUCUCAUGAAUUUAAUUGUUCGUUUUGCUCAACAUGGAGUUAUACAUGGUGAUUUCAAUGAAUUUAAUAUAAUGAUUAAUGAUGAAGAAAAACCCAUCGUUAUUGAUUUUCCACAAAUGGUGUCAGUUACUCAUGCUAAUGCCGAAAUGUAUUUUGACAGAGAUGUUAAAUGCAUCAGAGCAUUUUUUAAAAAGAGAUUUAACUAUGAAAGCCACUUGUAUCCAAUAUUUGAAGAUAUUGUUCGAGAAGAAUUUUUAGACGUCGAAGUGUCAGCUAGUGGUUUUACAAAAAAUAUGGACCAAUUUUUAUUACACGAAUUGGGUAUGGUCGAUAGUAUAGAAGAAGGAUCAGGAGAAGAAAGUGAUUUUUAUGAAAAUGAAAAAGAUGAAGUAGAACAUUUAGCAGAACGAGUGGCUGAACUAAUGAAAGAAGAGUCUUCUGAGGUUCUUGGCAACUCUACUGUCCCACCAGCUAAAGAAAUGUCAGAUAACGCAAAAUCAGAAUCUGAUGAAUAUGUAUCAUUAAGUGAAAAUGAUGAUUGUGAAAGUGUUGCAUCAAAAGUAUGUUAUUCAGAUAUACAUAGUGUUAGAAGUAUGUCAACAGCUACAACUAUACCACCAGAAGUAAUUAGAGACAGAGUGAAAAAAGCAUUAGCAAAAAGAGAAAGGGCAGCAGUGAGACAUAGAAAUCUUGCCAAAGGUGAAGCGAGUGCUGUAAAUCGACAAAGAAGAGAUAAUAAAGAUACUAUUAAAGAUAGUUUUGGAAUAUGGGGUUAA